AUCACACUAGCUAGCUUCAGCUUGUGCUAGCUCGCUUACACACAAAUACACACCUCUCCCUUUCUUCUUCCCCUCUCUAUCUCUCUCUCGUCGUCUACCUCUCAUCUCCUUCUCUUCACUGCAUCACCACACCACUAGCCAGUAGCUAGCUAGCUAGCUAGCAAGUACGAUCUAUAUGUGAGCAAACGCCAAGGAGAAGAGGGCUAGCUUGCUUGCUUGCUUGCACGAUUGAUUUCGAUCAGUUUAAUUUGGAGCAAAGCUUAGCUCGAUCUGAGCUAGCUAGCUAGCUAGUUUGCUUAAUUAGCUCCAUGUCGGGCGGCGGCGGCGGCGGCGAGGGCUUCCCGUUCCACGACGAGCUGGCGUCGCUGUUCGCUGAGCGGCCGCCGAACGGCGCCAUGCCGGGGAUGCUGCAGCAGCAGCAGCCGUGGUCGUUCAUCGACUACCACCACCACCUGAUGCAGGAGAGCGCGCCGACGACGCCGCCGCUGGACUACGAGGCAUUCGCCGGGGAGUUCGACGACGACGUGGCGCCUCUGGAGGAGGUGAAGAGGGAGCUGGUGGUGGACGGCGUCGGGUUGUUCCCUGGGGGUGGUGCUUCUGCUGCUGCGGCGGCGGCGGCGGUGGCGGGGCCGAUGACUCCGAACAGCAUGUCGGUGUCGUCGACGUCGAGCGAGGCGUGCGGCGUCGGCGGCGGCGCCGGAGGGGACGAGGAGUCGGCCGGGAAGUGCAAGAAGGAGGAGGAGGGGGACGGCGGCGACGACGACGGCAAGGAAGGAUCGUCGACGACCAAGGGGGAUGGCGAUGGAGAAGACAAGAACAAGAAAGGAGGUAAGGGGAAGGGGAAGGGGGAGAAGAGGCCGCGGCAGCCGCGGUUCGCGUUCAUGACCAAGAGCGAGGUCGACCACCUCGAGGAUGGCUACCGGUGGCGCAAGUACGGCCAGAAAGCCGUCAAGAACAGCCCAUUUCCCAGGAGCUACUACCGGUGCACGACGCAGAAGUGCCCGGUGAAGAAGAGGGUGGAGCGGUCGUACCAGGACGCGGCGGUGGUGAUCACCACCUACGAGGGGAAGCACACGCACCCGAUCCCGGCGACGCUGCGCGGCACGGCGCACCUCCUCGGCGCCGCCGCCGCCGCGCACCACCACGGCGGCCUCCAGUACCACCAUCCCGGCCACUUCGCAGCCGCCGUCGGCCACCGUUUGCCUCCGCAGCCGCACGACGCGCUCGGCGGCGGCCUCCUGGCGCCGCCGCAUGCGCAGCAUCUCCAUGCCAUGCAGCACCAGAUGCAGCUGGCGGCGGCGGCGGCGGCGAGCGGCGGAUCACUGCACGCCGCCGCCAUGCAGCAGAUGCCGCAGCCUGAUCAUGCUGGCUUGGUUGCCAUCAUCGCCUCUACCACCGGUGCUUCCACCACGCCGCCGCCGCCGCCGGCGACGGGGAGCGCUGCUGCUGCUACUACUCCUCUCCGGAUGCAGCACUUCAUGGCGCAGGAUUACGGCCUCCUGCAGGACAUGUUCAUCCCGUCGCCGUUCUUGCACAACGACGACGCCAACAACAACAACCACCGUUGAUCGAUGAUGAUGAUGAUGAUCACUAGCUCGAGCUGGAUGGCCGGCUACUGAUAUACUCUGAUAGUGAUUUGCAUCUUGUUAACUUAAUUUCUCCUUUUUUUGGUUCUGAACAUCUGAUCGAUUGAUCUGUAUACGAUGCAUUCUACGACGAUGGUACGUGUAGUACUAUGAUGAUGAUCUAGCAAGUAGCCUAGUUGUAGCAUGCAGCAUCGGCGGCAGCAGCAGUAGUAUACUACUAGUAGUAGAAGUUGUUGUACAUGUACCUGAUUCUCAUGAGCUCGUACGUGCAGACUUGCACUGCACUUUGGGGGGCAUUAUUCAGUAGUAGUACUGAAUACUGAUGAUGAGCUAGCAGUGGUAAUUUCAUGCUCUUGUUUCCUUAA